AUGGACAGCGAGAGUGAUGUGGAUUUUUCUAGCAACAGCUUAACCCCUUUAUGGCGGAGGCGGUCAACUCCUCAGCCUCAGUUGCUGGGCCGGAGCAAGCCGAGGCCCCAGUCGUACCAGAGCCCCAGCGGAUUGCUGAUCACGGAUUUCCCAGUGGAGGACCGAGGGACGCUCCCCGCGGUGCAGACUCCUACACAGGUACCCACCGCUUCUGAGGGCAGGACCGUCCAGGGGAACCCCCUGCUGCUUUGUACUCAUCGUAGGGUGGUGACCAAUGGGAGGACAGUCUCCCCGGAAUACAGAGCUGUUUCUCCUCGGCUCCGACGUCCCAAGUCUCCCCAGGCUCCCAAAGCGUUUUCAGGGGGCUCCCCGAAAUCCCCAGCAAAUGGCACAGUGACCUCGCCCAUGCCGCACCCGCUGCGCCCCCAGCGGACUCCUAACUCUCCCGCUUGCUGUAGCCGGGAGGGAGACCUGACCGGAUUGACCACCAGCCCACUGCUUUUGCCUGCUGCAAAUGGGCUAAUCCCUAACAUCGACUCCCCAGGCUCUGGGUCGCAAUCCGGCCAGACGACUAAGGACCCUGAGCCGGGACCCUCGAAACUCUCUCCUGCGCCCCAGAAAAGGUCUUUGGAACAAAAACUCCCCCUCCAAAGGCUGCCCUCACAGGAGAACGAGCUCCCAGAGAAUCCUUCAGUGGUUUUGAGCACAAACAGCCCUGCUGCCCUCAAAGUGGGGAAGCAGCAAAUCAUUCCAAAGAACCUGGCCUCGGAAAUUAAAAUAAGUAAAUCCAACAGUCAGAAUGUGGAGCCCCACAGGAGACUCCUCAAGGUGCGUAGCAUGGUGGAGGGUCUCGGAGCACCUCUGGGCCCUGCAGACGAUGAGGGUGAGGCGGAGAACGACGUGGACAGCCCAGGGUCUCUGCGGAGAGGCUUGCGGUCCACGUCCUAUCGUCGGGCAGUGGUCAGUGGCUUUGAUUUUGACAGUCCUACCACUUCAAAGAAGAAGAACAGAAUGUCCCAGCCUGUUCUGAAAGCAGUGAUGGAAGACAAGGAGAAGUUUUCCAGUCUGGGAAGGAUGAAGAAAAAAAUGCUGAAAGGACAAGGAACAUUUGAUGGGGAAGAAAAUGCUGUCCUGUAUCAGAACUACAAAGAAAAGGCUCUUGACAUUGACUCUGAUGAAGAGUCGGAGCCCAAAGAACAGAAGUCAGAUGAAAAAAUUGUGAUUCACCACAAGCCACUGAGAUCCACAUGGAGCCAGCUUUCUGCGGUGAAAAGAAAUGGAUUAUCACAGACAGUUAGCCAGGAGGAAAGAAAGAGACAGGAGGCUAUCUUUGAAGUCAUAUCCUCUGAACACUCAUAUUUACUCAGCUUGGAGAUCUUGAUACGAAUGUUUAAAAAUUCUAAAGAACUGAGUGAUACGAUGACCAAAACAGAGAGUCACCAUCUUUUCUCCAACAUUAUGGAUGUGUGUGAGGCAAGCAAAAAAUUCUUUAUGGAGUUGGAAGCAAGACAUCAGAAUAAUAUCUUCAUAGAUGACAUAAGUGACAUUGUGGAAAAGCACACAGCAUCCACAUUUGACCCAUAUGUGAAAUACUGCACAAAUGAAGUCUACCAACAACGAACACUACAGAAAUUGUUAGCCACCAACCCGUCUUUUAAAGAAGUAUUGUCACGAAUUGAGUCCCAUGAAGACUGUAGGAACUUACCCAUGAUCUCCUUCCUCAUCCUCCCCAUGCAGAGGGUAACUCGCCUGCCCCUGCUGAUGGAUACUAUCUGUCAGAAGACACCUAAGGACUCUCCGAAGUAUGAAGUCUGCAAAAGAGCCUUAAAGGAAGUGAGCAAGUUGGUUCGACUGUGCAAUGAAGGAGCUCGGAAGAUGGAAAGGACUGAAAUGAUGUACACCAUUAAUUCCCAGUUGGAAUUUAAAAUUAAGCCUUUUCCUCUAGUCUCCUCUUCCCGGUGGUUGGUGAAAAGAGGUGAAUUGACAGCCUACGUGGAAGACACGGUGCUCUUCUCAAGAAGGACAUCUAAACAGCAAGUCUACUUCUUCCUCUUCAACGACGUACUCAUUAUCACCAAGAAGAAGAGUGAAGAAAGUUACAACGUCAAUGAUUAUUCCUUAAGAGAUCAGCUAUUGGUGGAAUCUUGUGACAAUGAAGAGCUUAAUUCUUCUCCAGGGAAGAACAGUUCUACAAUGCUUUAUUCAAGACAGAGCUCUGCCAGCCACCUCUUUACUCUGACAGUCCUGAGUAAUCAUGCGAGUGAGAAAGUGGAAAUGCUGCUAGGGGCUGAGACACAGAGCGAGCGAGCCCGCUGGAUCACUGCCCUGGGACACAGUAGCGGGAAGCAACCUCUGGACCGAACCUCGCUGACCCAGGUAGAAAUCAUUAGAUCCUUCACUGCCAAACAGCCAGACGAACUCUCCCUACAGGUGGCGGAUGUGGUUCUCAUCUAUCAACGUGUCAGCGAUGGCUGGUAUGAGGGGGAACGACUGCGAGACGGAGAGAGAGGCUGGUUUCCUAUGGAAUGUGCCAAGGAGAUAACCUGUCAGGCUACAAUUGACAAGAACGUGGAGAGAAUGGGACGCUUGCUAGGACUGGAAACCAAUGUGUAG